UUAGACCUUGUUUGAACUUUGCACGAUGAAACACGGUGACUGUGCCAAUUUUAUAACACGCCUCUUAAAGUUUAAGUUGCUUUCGAUUUGCACAAGAAGUACAUCCUAAGCUGUAAGGCUUUUCAGCUCACCGAUACGCCCGGCCGAUACGAUACUCGAUAUCCAGUGCAACUUCGGUCGCUAAAUUGCCAAACAUAACAGAAUAUAUCGACGUUGCAGUUGCGUUACGCAAGAUUUGCAUGAAGUGACGAACAGCGACCGCGUCGAUCAGGAGACAUGGAGCCGGAAAUUUGUUGCUAAAGGAUUCCCAAAGAUUCGGUACUGGGCAUAAUAACUCCGUGAAGCAAUAAGGAGUUAUAUUUUACAAGAUUAUUUUUCUUCCCCGGCUCGUCGCCUGCGAUGUAAUAACUCACCAGGAAAAACAGGAGAGCGAAGUUCCUUCAGAAGAUAAUUACUCAUGGAUGAAGAAGGAGACACAGGCCUAACUUUAAAGCCUGUUCAGGUUGUUACAAGCAUCAGAAAUGUUUCUCCUCAUCAGGAUGGCUGUUGGUCUUGGUUGGUGUGUUUUGCUGCUGUUGUCUCAAACGUCGUAAUUUGUGGAUUUACCUUUAGUUAUGGAAUUCUAUUUCCUGCCAUUUUGGACGAGUUUCAACAAGGGAAAGCUAGAUCAGCUUGGGUUGGAUCCAUCGCCAUGAUGGGUAUAGGCAUUUACGGUCCACUGAUCGCUAGGCUCUAUCGUCGUUUUGGUGCUCGAGCUAUCUCAUUUGUUGGAACCAUAAUCUGUGCAGUUAGUCUGGCUGUCACAUCCAAAGUAACAAACCUCUACUUGAUGUAUUUAACAUACGGGUUAUUGUUCGGUUUUGGCUCCGGCGGCAUCUACCUGGUGACUUACAUAGUAGUACCGAGAUACUUCAAGAAAUGGCGCUCUCUUAGUCUGGGUCUCAUAGCCAUGGGGCCCGGUGGAGGGAUGUUUAUCAUGAGCCCAGUUGUGCAUGAGCUGUUCGUAAGAUUUGGUUGGAGAGGAACAUUUUUGGCUAUGGCUGGUAUUGUCUCCGUUACUUGUAUUUCAGCUUUUGUUUAUAAGCCAAUUGAGCCGGACUCUGAUGUGAAAGAGGAGAAUAGUGAUUCAGCAAAGGGUGAUAAAUUCUGGGAUGUUAAGAUCCUCCAGCAAAAAGUGUUUGUUCUCGUAACAAUAGCUGGGUUUGUGUACUACCUUGGCCACUAUACUCCAACUCUUCAUAUGGUUCGUUUUUUGGAAGGCAGAGGAGUCCAAGAGAGUAGAGCUGCGCGUUUGUAUAUCUACAGUGGUCUAACUUCCUUGCUAAUCCGGCCGAUGAUUGGUCGACUGAACGACGUCACUUGGAUCAAUAUGUUCUAUAUCUAUUCAAUAGCCACUGGUGUUGAAUGUGUGGUUGCUUUCUUGCUACCCUUCGCAAUCACAAACUUGAGCCUCGUGAUAUACUUUGUGGUAUUUGGUUUGGCUGAUGGUGCAAUGGGUUGUGGUUUGCCCAUUGCUGUGAUUAACAGUCUUCCAGAGAAAAUGCGACCGUUGGGGAUCGGGGCGUUUAACUGCCUCAGUUGUUUUGCUUCAGCUUGUGGUCCGGCUCUUGGAGGUCUUGUCGCAGAUAUAGAAAGAUCGUAUGUCCCUAUGUUCAACAUGGUUGGUGCUUUGAUAACCGCUGGUACUGCGAUGCUGAUUGCAGUUUCUUGCAUGAAGAAAUCUGAGUCGCUGAGCCCUAUUUCAGGAAGAGAAAUUGCGUAGUGGGAGUUGGAAGCUCUCGUUGUUGUAGAGAAGUGCUCUGUUGUUUGAAUGUCGUUUUCCUUGUUUUUCAUUUUACCGACUGCGGAAACAAAGUGCGAACAAAGUAAAACAAUAAUUUAAUAAAUAAAUGAAUAAUUUAUCAAUCACCUUUUACUUUUGUCAAGACUUGAACAUGCUCCUUCGUAAGAGGAUGUUUGACCUUAUCUUACAAAUCUAACGCUGUCCUGGUUAAACCAAAUCGCACUAUAGACACUCAAUUGUUUUGGGGUUGUUUAGUUUACGUACUUGUUAAGUUUUGUAAAGGUUGUUUCGUUUAAACUAAAAAUAAGUUGUUUCACAUCAA